AUGCACAAUAUCGGAACGACGCGUAAAUACAUCAUCAAGACCGAGAGAGACUCGACAUGGCUGUGGAUCAAUGCAGCCAGCCUGGAUCCCUUCGACAUCAUCCCAGGCUCGAGUCUUGGUGCUGCACCAGAGGCUCUCGAUCUCAUGAUCAACCUCGUCGCCCCAACGUGUGCUUCGGUGAAUCUGUGCUUCGGUGUCGCCAAUGUGUAUGGUCGUUCGCUCCUGGAGGGCAUGGCCCGAACGCGCAGCCUCCUCCACGCCACCGUCGCAACCAUGAAACGGGCCCGUGACCUCCUUGCCGGCCACGCAAGUCCCCAGAGAAAUGUCUUGCUUCACAAACAUGCUGCGAUGAUACUGUUGCGGGAGUGCAUUGCAACUAAUCCGUCAGCUGUGUCAGAGGACGAUGUCCUUGCGAUGCUGUUCCUAGCAUUGUUGGAGGUGUCGUUGGGUGACAAACAAGCGUAUAAGAUACAUCGGGCUCAGGUGGAUCGGCUCAUCUGCGCUGAAGGAGGGCUCCAGUCAAGUGUGGACCUACAGACAACUGUCAAACAGUACACGACUUGGAACUUCCCUCAGUCCUUCCUGCGGCUCAAUGAUCCGUCAUCUCAUCCAGUCGAUACGACCGAUCGAAUAUGCCGGUCUUUCACUACCCUCCCGAUCGGCUUCCAGCAUCUCAACCUAUCACCCGAGACCACUUCCUUAAUCGAGAGAAUUGCUGCACGACGUAGAUGGAAUACACAGAACCCUUCGUACAACGUCAGGGACAUACAGACAUGGGGGGAUCCAUGGGGCGUCGGAGCUUACGCUGACUACACAGACGCUUGUCCCGCACUUCGUAUGCGCGACGGUCCAGGAGGACCUUCGUUAGAGAAGCUCAUCUGCUUAUCGUUGAUCCGCUAUUGCUUAAAUCGCGUCGUCUACGUCAGAUCACAAGCCUGUAUCUUCCAUACCCUCAGCCUCGAACUCUUCGAGAAGCUUCCCCUUACGGUGACCCCGCGAUGCCCGUACGAACGGCGCGCUCUCCUCUGGGUACACAUGAUGGUAAUCGACAGCUGGGCACAGUGGACUCUGAAGAUCUCGGAUGAAGCGGCACAUCUACUGUACCUGGUCGAUCAGAUCUUUCCCGAAACGCGUUCAUGGACUCCAACGGAUUUCGACGGCUUUGGACAAGAGUUUCUUUGGACCGAGAACAUCUCACGGAUUCUGCAGCACUACUGCGAACAGAGACAGCCGGCGAGGACAUGCCGAGUCCAGGUUGCCUUCAGGUGA